UACCUUUGUUAGUAACUGUCAAAACAGUCGAAUUCGAAAAUGCUUGAAAGCUUGAGUCGAAAUCGCAACGGUUUCAAUUUUAAAUAUUUCGUGAUAUAAUUACGUGUUUGUGGGAAUAGUUCAUUAUUGUUACGAAGUAGUGUUUGUUUUUGUAUUUUGUGUUAAAAAUGCAAAAGACAAAGAAGAAACGGCGCGAAGAAGAGCCAAUGGAAGUCGAUGCUCCGGAUGGCGGGCUGUCAAAUAAUAAUCAAGAAAAUGAAAUGAACGGAGAUAUUGAUCAUAUAUCUGAUGAUGAAGAAGGAGGAGUUCGUGUUGGUGAUAUUUACAUUCCGCCAGCGCCAAAACCGGCGCUUACUUUCGAUACAAAUGGUCCCCGACUAAUCAUAACACAUAUAGUCAAUGAAAAUUUCAAAAGUUACGCUGGUGUACAAACACUGGGGCCUUUUCACAAGAGUUUCACUGCCAUCAUCGGUCCUAACGGCAGUGGCAAGAGCAAUGUUAUUGACUCCAUGCUGUUUGUGUUCGGGUACAGAGCUAGUAAGAUCAGGUCAAAGAAGAUCUCCGUUCUUAUCCACUCGUCCAGCAAGUAUCCUAAUAUCAACAGUGCCAGUGUUGCUGUCCACUUCAGCCAGAUUAUUGAUGGGGAAAAUGAUGACUUUACAAUUGUACCAAACACUGAAAUUGUGAUCUCAAGAACAGCAUUUAAAGAUAACUCAUCAUUCUAUUGUUUAAAUGGCCGCCGUGUACAUUUCAAGGAAGUGGCUCAUAUGUUACGGUCACAAGGAAUUGAUCUAGAUCAUAACAGGUUUCUUAUCUUGCAGGGUGAAGUAGAACAAAUAGCCAUGAUGAAGCCAAAGUCCACGGGAGACAAUGAAGCAGGAAUGUUGGAGUACCUUGAAGAUAUUAUAGGUACUUCCAGAUUUAAGGCACCAAUAGAGAAAAUAGCAGUAAAGGUUGAAGAACUCAGUGAGAUGCGUAAAGAGAAACUCAACAGGGUCCGUCUAGUGGAGGCAGAGAAACAGAAGUUGGAACCGGCCAUGCACGAGGCUGUUAAUCUGAUGAAUCUGACGAAUAAUGCCAUACGAACUAGGAAUAUGUUGCUGCAGAAGUAUAUGUUUGAGACUAAGAAAAUAAUUGAAAAUAAGGAAGGUGAGAUGGAAGAGCUAAAGGAGACUCUAGCUAGUAUUGAUGAAAGACUGAAUGCUAUGAAGGAAGACUUGGAAGGAAAGACUAUGAUUUUAAGGGCUGGUACUCAAAAAUACGAAGAUCUACAAAAACAGAAAGAGGAAGUACAGGAGAAGAUGUCGAUUUGUAAAAGAAAGACUGUCACUACUCAAGCGGAACUCACACAGAAUAAUAAGAAGAAGAAGAACUUGGAUCAACUUCUUGAACAGGAGAAAGGGAAGCUUAUAGAGUUGGAACUUAUACCAGAAAAGAAUAGACAAGAAAUAGAAGAUUGUGAAAGACUCCUCGUCAGGCAUAGAGAAAAUAAAGACACCGUUGAAGCGGAGUUGCAGACUGUUGUGGCCAGUGUCAGAACAAAAACCCAAGGCCUACAGGAAACUAAAGAUAGAUUACAAGCCAAUCUAAUAGAUUUAAAGAAGAUCGUCGAUGAAGCGAAGAACAGAUUCAAGUUAGCAGAGUCCGAGUUAAAGAUCUACGUGAGCAAUGAACAGAAAGAAGUUGAGAAGUUGGAGAAGAUGAAGGAGGCAUAUAAUAGGGCUAAUGCGACGCUGGAGGAGAAGAAACCAAUGCAAGAAGAGUUAUCGACGACAGUGCCAAGUGACGAGAGACGUUUAAAUGAAAUCCUAAACAGAAUUCAAGCAUUGAAACAAGAAGAGACCCGAGUCGCUAACGAGGCAAGCACACUGAGAUCGCAACUAGAAGAAUCUCGUCAAGCAAUGACGGCUAACAGAUCGCGCGGCCGAGUGCUUGACUCACUGAUGAAAGAGAAACGGGAUGGUCGACUGCCGGGGAUAUUUGGGAGAUUGGGCGACCUCGGCGCUAUCGAAUCCCGAUACGACGUCGCGAUAUCAACCUGCUGCGGGGCGCUCGACAACAUCGUGGUGGACAACGUGGAGACCGCGCAGGCCUGCGUCGAACAUCUCAAGCGACACAACGUGGGCCGGGCCACCUUCAUAGCGCUCGACAAGCAGGAACAUCUCAGGCAGACCUUUGAGAGGAGAACCAGCUAUCCGGAAGGCGCCCCCCGCCUGUUCGACCUGGUGCAAGUCCGCGACAGACGCGUCCUCCCCGCGUUCUACUACGCGCUGCGCGACACGCUGGUGGCCGCCGACCUGGAGCAGGCGGCGCGCAUCGCGUACGGACACACGCGCUACAGGGUCGUCACGCUCAAGGGGGAUGUUAUAGAAAUCGCUGGUACUAUGUCUGGCGGUGGUAAAACCAUGAUGCGAGGCAGAAUGUCCAGCUCAGUACAGCAAGACACGAGCGAACAAGACCCUGCAGUUAUACAGGCUAAUGAGCAAAGGCUGGCGCGGUUGGAUGCCAGACUCUCAGAGCUCAGGAACGAGCAGCUGGAGCUAGAAGACUCGUCAUCAGCGCUCAAGAGAAGCACUCGCGAGGGUAGAACUACUCUCAACAAGCUGAAUGUUGAAGUACAGAGCUUGGUGGAGCAAGUGCCGGUUAUGAAGAAUCAAAUAAAACAACAAGAGGCUAAAGCCAGGGCCUGCAAGGUGGACGCGCGGCAGCAGGCGAACUUAGAGGCCGCAGUGGCCAGCGCGCAGGAGAAACUCGAGAAAGCCAAACAUGAUGCCGGAGAGGUUGAGAAAGAAGUGCAAGGUGUCGACGCACAGAUAUCGGCUGUAGCCGGGGGUAAGGUCAAGGACCUUCAAAGCAAAGUGGAUGAUCUCGCUAAGAAGAUAGAGAAGGUUAUCACUGAGAUAACCAAGCUGAAAGUCGCUAUUAAUACUAGCAUAAGAAACGCAAGGAAAGCCAAGGAUAAGAUCAAUCAAAUGGAGCAAGACUACAGGGACACGGAACAGAACUUGGAGAACUUAAACAAUCAGAAGAAACAGCUCACUAUAGAGACUGCACAGCUUACGAAGACUUUGGAAGAGCUAGACGAACAAAUCACCGAAGGCGCCGAUGAGUUCAAAGAUCUAAAGCAAGAAAUAACCAGGCUUCAAGGCAGGGAGAAUAAGAUCAAAGCUGAGCGUCUGGACGCUAACAACGCAGUGAACAAGAUGGACAAGUCAAUACAGGAUUGUAGGGCGAAGUUACCGAUGUGGGAGAGAGAUCUGCGCGCCCUAGUACUAGAAGACCCUGGUUUAGAAGGCGUGCCCGGCGUGGAACCUUUAGAACCGCUCAAAGAACACUCCUCCGAAGAGCUGGAGGAAGCGCAGGUUGAAGAACUCAGGAAUAAACUGGCGGCGCAGAAACAACGGAUAGGCGAUAGUAAACCUAAUAUACAGGCUAUACAGGAUUUCAAAGCCAAAGAGGAGUUAUACCUUCGCCGGGCAGCGGAACUUGACGAGAUAACAGAGAGAAGAAACGAGAUGAGAGCCCUCUACGAUAGUCUAAAGAAGAAGAGAACUUCUGACUUCUUGUGCGGUUUCAACACUAUAACAGCGAAGCUGAAAGAAAUGUACCAGAUGAUCACAUUGGGAGGCGACGCCGAAUUGGAGCUGGUCGACUCAUUGGAUCCUUUUACUGAGGGUAUUAUAUUCAGUGUACGUCCUCCGAACAAGUCGUGGAAGAAUAUAUCAAACUUAUCCGGCGGUGAGAAGACUCUGUCCUCGUUAGCGCUGGUCUUUGCUCUACAUUACUACAAGCCGACGCCGCUGUACGUCAUGGACGAGAUUGACGCCGCGUUGGACUUUAAGAACGUGUCGAUCGUCGCUAAUUACAUUAAGGAACGGACCAGAAACGCUCAAUUCAUAAUCAUAUCUCUUCGAUACAAUAUGUUCGAAGUCUGCAACCGUUUAGUGGGGAUCUAUAAGACGGAGGACUGUACCAAAUCUGUUACUAUUGAGAAUGCCAUCCCGAGCUUACCGGCUGAAGACGAAGUUGCUGCAUGACAAGAGGACUCUACUUAAGUGUCGAUACUACGAUACUUCAGUUUAAUAACGAGUGAGGUAUUAAGGCAUGUGUUACAAGCUUAAAACCCAUUUAUAUGGUCUGCGUUUUAUUGGGCCAUAUUGACCGAUAUUUUCCAAGGAGGAGGUUCGAAAUGCGCCUGUUUCUUUUUACAAGUUUUUUUAAUUCAAAACUUCGGACUCGAUGAACCGAUUUUGCUAAUUAUUUUUAAUUUAACGUGAAUAAGCUGUCAUUUGGUUCCAUAUAAAUCACAUAAAGUUUGUCCCAGUAGUUUUAAUUGAAGUUGGUUGUGUUUUUGGUUAAAGGAAAACAUUAUUUACUGAAUACACAAUAUUGGCAUGAAUCCAGUCGCGAAUACAACUCCAUACAUUAUUUAUGUAAAUAAUUGUAUUCGAUAAUUCGGUCCAAUGCAACGGAGACCAUGUGCUCUGAUCAAUGUAAUUCGUUAGGUUUUGUUCAAAAAAGUAAACAAUCUUAGUUUGCCUAUGUCUCAAUAAUGUUGUUUUGGAUUGGUUUACAGUUGUUUUUUUU